AUGCAUGAAAAUGAGUUUGCUGUCCCCAUUCCUAGUGAACUUGGGAAAUUGAAGUAUCUCACUGACUUUCAUGUGAACAACAAUCAAAUUACUGGUUCUCUUCCUCCAGAAUUUGGAAAUUUAACUCAACUACGAAGACUUAAUCUGUUUUCAAAUCAUUUGGUUGGUGAGAUCCCAAAAGGAGUUUGGGAAGAUGAUACUUAUGUUGGAAUUGUACUUGUCUGGCAACCAACUUUCAGAUUGAAUGGGACAAUUCCAAGAAGUAUAGAUCAAUGGGCACACAUCCACUACUUGAAUCUUAGUAAUAACAAGAUCAGUGAGAAAAUUCCAUCCGAGAUUGGUAAAUUAGUUCAUCUUACAGAACUUGAUUUAUCUCAUAAUUUUCUCAUGAAAGAGAUACCAUCUGAAGUACAAAGUUUGCAGAGUUUGCAAAAAUUGGAUCUUUCUCACAAUAGACUAUCUGGUUCCAUUCCUGAUGCUUUUACAAGUUUGCCUAACGGUAUUGAUAUCAACCUUUCUUACAAUGAGCUCUCAGGUCAAGUCCCCCCCUUGCGCAAACUUUGUGAAUGCGUCCGUAGAAAGCAAUCCAGAUUUGUGUGGGAUAUUACUGGAUUGAAACUUUGUCCAAGUCAAAUUAUGAAAAAGAAAAAUGAUCCUUUUCAUCAUAAACUUAUCCUUGUGAUUGUGCUCCCCCUUAUUGGGGCUGUUUUACUUGGUGUAUGCACAUAUCGCCUUAUUGCUUAUCAACAACAAAAUAAAAGGUCUCCACAAAAACCAUCGGACGAAGAAACUGGUGAUUAUUUCUCUAUCACAAGUUUUGAUGGAAAAGUGGUGUAUGUUGAUGUCUUGAAGGCAACAAAUGAUUUCGAUGAAGCAUACUGCAUUGGGACUGGAGGAUAUGGGACUGUGUACAAAGCCGAGCUACAACCUAACAAUGUGGUAGUUGUCAAGAAACUUCACUCAUCAUCUGAGAAUGUUGAUCAUAAUGGAUUCCUUAACGAGGUACGGGCAUUAACGAACAUAAGGCAUCGAAACAUAGUGAAACUCUAUGGAUAUUGCUCCCAUGUCCGCCACUCAUUUUUGAUUUAUGAAUACAUUGAAAAGGGAAGCCUUGGAUCAAUCUUAAGAAGCGAUGUCUUAGCAAAAGAAUUGGAUUGGUUGAAAAGGGUCAUUAUUGUAAAGGGCGUAGCUAAUGGUUUGGCUUAUAUGCAUCACGACUGCUCACCUCCUAUAAUUCAUAGAGAGAUAUCCAUAGCCAACAUCCUUCUUGACUCUAAUUAUGAAGCACAUAUUUCUGAUUUUGGCACGUCCAAGCUUUUAAAGCUUGAUUCAUCCAACUGGACCGCAAUUGCAGGCACCUAUGGUUAUAUUGCACCAGAGCUUGCUUAUACGAUGGUGGCAAAUGAGAAAUGCGAUGUGUAUAGCUUUGGAGUUUUUGCAAUAGAAGUGAUAAUGGGAAAGCAUCCCGGAGAUCUCAUAACAUCUUUACCAACAUUGUCUGAUGAUUAUCUGGUUCCAGCAAAUGUGGGAGAUAGUCGGAUACCUCCUCCCUCAUCCCAAGUUGAGAAACAAGUUAAGUUAGUUCUGAGUCUCUCGAGAGCAUGUUUGAACUCCAAUCCACAUGAAAGACCAACAAUGCAACAAGUGUCAAAUCUGUUAAUGAAGGAUAUGCUUUGA